GACCACAGAUAGGCUGAGCACACACCGAGCGGCGCCAUGCACGACCCUCAGACCUAACCGCUAGCCAGCAGAAAUGCCUCCUGAAGACCUCGACCCAGCCCGAAAUGUUCGGCCCAGGGCACACGCUGUCGUAUUAUUUCACUGAUACAAGAUGGGAAGAAGGAGUAGUUGUGAUAAAAUGGCGAGGUUUUGAGUCUUACUUUUCCGUUUCGCUCGGUGUAGCGUGGCAGAGGCAGUGGAUCGUUUCCAAAGUUGUCGGUUAGCAGGGCGCGUGUGAAGGAUCGGAAUUAAAGGCGCAGUGCACCCGUUGUAGCCGCAAACAUGGAGAAGCAGCAGAGCGACUUGGACCGAGACCGACAGUACUGUGAACUUUGUGGGAAAAUGGAGAACCUCCUCAAGUGUGGUAGGUGCCGGAGCUCCUUCUACUGCAGCAAGGAGCACCAGAAAGAGGACUGGAAGAAACACAAGCUCAUUUGUAAAGAGGCGGAGAAGGCGCAGCUUCCCAAACAGAAGCCAGAGCAGGCUCCGUCGUCUGAGGACGACAAGGCACCGGAGAAAUACCAAGAAAAGAAAAGCUCCGAGCAGGCGGAUAGUACAUCUUUACCACAAACCACGAACACAGAAGCACCUGGGGUUGGACCGGGAGAGGACGGUUCAAACAACACCGCCACACCUAACGGACAAACCAACUCAUCCCCUCAGAAACUUGCCAUGGAGUACAUAGUCCCGUGUAUGAACAAGCACGGCAUAUGUGUGGUGGACAACUUUUUAGGAGCAGAGACUGGGCUAGGCAUUUUGGACAAUGUCAAGGCCCUUCACAAAACGGGCAGGUUCACAGACGGACAGUUGGUCAGUCAAAAAAGCGACUCAACUAAAGACAUCCGAGGGGACAAAAUCACGUGGAUAGAGGGGAGGGAAGCCGGCUGUGAGAAGAUCCGCUUUCUAAUGAGUCGCAUGGACGACCUGAUCAGACAUUGUAACGGCAAACUGGGAAACUACACAAUAAAUGGAAGGACGAAAGCAAUGGUGGCAUGUUACCCUGGAAAUGGGACAGGAUAUGUGCGCCAUGUGGAUAACCCUAACGGCGAUGGACGGUGUGUCACAUGCAUAUAUUACCUUAAUAAAGAUUGGAAUGCCAAGGAACAUGGUGGCCUUCUUCGAAUCUUCCCAGAAGGAAAGGCCCAGUUUGCCGACAUAGAGCCCAAAUUUGACCGUUUGCUGCUGUUCUGGUCAGACAGACGGAACCCUCACGAGGUUCAGCCCGCCUUCGCCACCAGGUAUGCCAUCACAGUGUGGUAUUUUGACGCAGACGAGCGAGCCAGAGCUAAAGAAAAGUACUUAACAGGUGCAGGAGAAAAAGGAGUAAAGGUUGAACUCGGCAAACCAUCAGAUCCCAGCUAGUGGGAACCAUGCGUUUCCUUAAAACAGCCAUUAAGUGCUCUGUCCUAAGAAAGUGGCCUAUAGAGAGCGUGUGUGUGUGUUUUACAAGGCGAAACAGCAGACUUUUGAUUGAGUGGGUGGAAGAUCCAUACUCAUGGAGACAAAACAAGCAAAUACACAGUGAUUUCUCUUCAUUUUCCGCAAACCUGGGCAACCCAGCUGACCUUGAAUGUCAUGACAUUGUACUGAAAGGGAUUGUGCUUUUUUUUUUUUUUUUUUUUUUUUUUUUUUGUGUCUUUUCACCUCUUCGGUGGAGAACGCAUAUGUUAUAGCUGACAUUUUCAGAACAUCACUUCAAACAGGAAUUAAGCUCAGAGAGAAUCUACAUCUUUUGCAUAUAGGUUUUUGCAGUUAAUUCCUUAAAGGUACAGUGUUCUGCAUAUGCUUAUGUGUUAUGCUUUUCACAUGGAAUCAGCUGUUAUAAGCUACUGUAUGGCAAAAUGUGCUUGAGUUUGCAAUAAUAUGAGGAAUGAUCUGAAUUAAAAACACCCUUUUUCUGACAGAACUUCAUUGGUCUUAGUUUGAGUUCAUUCAUUUGCAGCACAGUAGAUGCUGCCUGUGUCAUUUGUGAUCUUGCUGUCCCCCCACACUUAUACAUCAACUGUUUGAUUAGGAACAAGUUGACAAUAAGCAAACAUUGAUCUGUGAGUUGUGGCACUCUGUUUACUACUGCCUUGCCUGCCCUCCUGUCUGCACUACACACAGUUCCAUGCUGCCCUCUGUAGGAAACCCACUGUGUAGUGCACCUAGUUUUAUGUCAUUUUGUGGAUGUAUGGAUAAAUCCAUCAACAAACCUUUUUUUUUUUUCCUGACCAUUAUUAACUGCAGUGAUCAUUACAGCAUAUCUGUGAUCAUUAUUCCUAAAACAGAACUAAAAAUAAGACUAUGCGACUGAAAUAUAUUAGCUGCACUAUUUCAGCAAUGAUUAAAAAGUCUUGAUAUGUUGAUCAAAUGGUAAAUUAUCAUAUAAGUGGGUUAAAGUUGAUUUUUCUAAAGUAAUUUAAUAUUCUAGACUGUCCACCAGAGUUGCCUAUUUUGUUUUCAGUUUUUAAUUUAUAAGUGGAUUUAUAUUUCCAUUUUUUUCAUUAGAUCAGAAAAACAAAUCAGUGCUCCAAUAAAAUUGAUAUUAUACAACCAAUACAGACAUUUUUCAAGACAAUCUCUUAACCUAAGUCUCACAAAUACACAGUGACAAUGUUUCCUGUUUUGUAAAUGAACAACCAGUUACUUGCCAAACUUGAAAAUAUGCUGUAAAUUUCCAUGGCACAUAAUGUCAUCAUGUAUUUAGUGCUUUUAGAAUGAAACCAUCUCUGAAAACAGCUCAUCAAUAAAAUGGGGAGAAGUGAGAAAUGUA